GCAAUGUGAAUAUUUGCCUCAUCAUCAGAAGUGAGUCUGUAGCUGAGUGUAAGGGGGCACAUAUUAAUGCAGAUAAAAAUCUCACCUCUGAAGUCCUGCCAGUGCUUCUUAGCAGACGAAGUGAAACUAGAGCUUGGCUGCUGUUUUCCCCAACUUCCCUGGACUCUCUUCAACUGGAAUGAUUCCCUGAAGACCUUGAACUUCUAGACUUUAAUGUUUUCUCACCCCAAAAUGGAAAAAAAUCUGAAGAAUAUCCUUGUUGUCUCAUUUGGAUUCUUGCUUCUGUUUACUGCUUAUGGAGGGCUCCAGAGUCUACAGAGCAGUCUCCACUCUCAACAAGGCCUGGGUGUUGCCUCUCUAAGCGUUGUCUAUGGAGGUCUUAUCCUGUCUUCCAUGUUUCUCCCGCCAAUCCUCAUUAAGAAAUUUGGAUGCAAGUGGACCAUUGUAGGCUCCAUGUGCUGCUAUGUUACAUUCUCCUUGGGCAACUUCUAUGCCAGCUGGUAUACACUGAUUCCAACAUCUUUGAUCUUGGGUCUAGGAGGAGCACCUCUCUGGUCUGCGAAAUGCACAUAUCUCACCAUUGCUGGUAACUCAUACGCCCAGAAAGCAGGAAAAAUAGGAAAAGAUGUUAUCAACCAGUAUUUUGGAAUCUUCUUUCUGAUAUUCCAAUCUUCUGGAGUCUGGGGAAAUCUUAUAUCUUCUUUAGUGUUUAGCCAGUCUCCUAACAGAGAAAUCUCAGAAGCAGAUCUGGCAUGCUGUGGCGCAUAUAACUGCAUGGAAAAUCCAGCUGAAAAUGGCACUGGAGCUUCAAACGAAACAAGUCAUACCUUAGUCUACACACUGCUUGGAAUUUAUACUGGUAGUGGGGUGCUAGCUGUGUUCCUGGUCGCUUUGUUUCUGGAUCAGAUUACAGCCAACAAAGAAGAGAGCAAAGAAGAGAAAAAACCAUCAUUCUGUUCCACUUUCUUGGCAACAUUCCGGCAUCUUAAAGAUGUGCGCCAAUGUCUCCUGAUUCCGUUGACCAUGUACAGUGGAUUUGAACAGGGAUUCCUUGCUGGUGAUUACACCAAGUCUUACGUGACCUGUGCCCUUGGGAUAAAUUAUGUCGGUUAUGUGAUGAUCUGCUUCUCAGCUACAAAUUCACUCUGCUCAAUGCUCUUUGGGAAGAUUUCCCAGUUCACAGGCAGAAAAGCUCUAUUUGUACUGGCGGCAAUUAUUCAUCUUGCCUGUAUAAUAACACUACUGCUCUGGAAACCUUACCCAGAGCAUCUUGCUGUAUUCUUCGUAAUACCUGCACUCUGGGGUGUUUCUGAUGCUGUCUGGCAAACACAAACCAACGCUCUUUAUGGAGUUUUAUUUGAAAAGCACAAGGAAGCUGCAUUUGCUAAUUAUCGCCUGUGGGAAUCACUGGGUUUUGUCAUCGCAUUUGGCUACAGUACUUUCUUACAGGUCUACAUCAAACUGUCCGUUGUCUUGGUUGUGCUGGUGGUGGCCACUGCCUUAUAUGGAACAGUGGAAUACAUGGAAUCCAAGACUUCCAACACUACCAAUAAGGAACCGAUCAAAUCCCCACAAGAUCUUCAGGAAACAAAUAUGUAAGGCUCAAUGUUGUCCCACUACUAACCUCAAUUUUGUGCAUGGAUUUUCUUCAGCUACCAGUGAUAGGGC